AUGGAGUCGUUCUCUAUGAUCAGGUUGCUGCUGUUAGUGCUGUGUGUGACAUCUUCUGUUGCAGGCAGUGCAGCUCGACUAACACACUUAGUGAAGGACGACCCACCGCCUCCGCCACCAAGUAACUCCAGUCCACCGCCACCACCUGGGUAUUCACCACCACCGUCACCAAGCUAUGAGCCACCACCAUCAGAGCCACCAACACCGCCACCAAGUUACUCCAGUCCGCCGCUGCCACCUGAGUAUCCACCACCACCACCGUCACUAAGCUAUGAGCCACCAUCUCCACCACCAAGUUACUCCAGUCCACCGCCACCACCGUCAGUAAGCUAUGAGCCACCAACUCCUCCACCAAGUUACUCCAGUCCACCGCCACCACCUGAGUAUCCACCACCGUCACCAAGCUCACCAAUUCCGCCACCAGGUUACUCCAGUCCACCGCCACCACCAGCAUUAUCGCUAACUCCACCACCAAGUUUCUCCAGUCCACCGCCACCACCAACGUUAUCACUAACUCCGCCACCAAGUUACUCCAGUCCACCGCCACCACCUGGGUAUUCACCACCACCGCCACUAAGCUAUGAACCACCAACUUCGCCACCAAGUUACUCUAGUCCACCGCCACCACUUGAGUAUCCACCACCACCGCCGUCACCAAGCUAUGAGCCACCCACUCCGCCACCAAGUUACUCUCCACCGCCACCACUGUCACCAGGUUACUCCAGUCCACCGCCGCCACUUGAGUAUCCACCACCACCAUCACUCAGCUAUGAGCCACCAACUCUGCCACCAAGUUACUCUAGUCCACCGCCACCACCGUCACCAGGUUACUCCAGUCCACCGCCACCACCUGAGUAUCCACCACCGGCGUCACCAAGCUAUGAGCCACCAACUCCGCCACCAAGUUACUCUAGUCCACCGCCACCACCGUCACCAGGUUACUCCAGUCCACAGCCACCAGCUGAGUAUCCACCACCGCCAUCACCAAGCUAUGAGCCACCAACUCCGCCACCAAGUUACUCUAGUCCACCGCCUCCACCGUCACCAGGUUACUCCAGUCCACCGCCACCACCUGAGUAUCCACCACCGGCGUCACCAAGCUAUGAGCCACCAACUCCGCCACCAAGUUACUCUAGUCCACCGCCACCACCGUCACCAGGUUACUCCAGUCCACCGCCACCACCUGAGUAUCCACCACCGGCGUCACCAAGCUAUGGGCCACCAACCCCGCCACCAGGUUACUCCAGUCCACCGCCGCCACCUGAGUAUCCACCACCCCCGUCACCGAGCUAUGAGCCACCAACUCCGCCAUCAAAUUACUCCAGUCCACCACCUCCACCUGAGUAUUCACCACCACCAACACGUUAUGCUCCACCACCAAGUUACUCCAGUCCACCACCGCCUGAGUAUCCACCACCACCGUCACCGAGCUACGAGUCACCGCCACCACCGGCACCAUCACCAAGCUAUGAGCCUUCAUCGCCACCACCUCCGCCCAGUUAUGAGUUACCGCCACCAAGUUACAACCCCCUUGGAGGAAGAACGACCAGCUGUAGGCGUUUGGAAACACCAACAUCAUUGAGUGACACUGAUACCCGACUUCUCAACAGCCUCCUCAAGAUGGAAUACAUACUCUCCCAGUUUUACGUGACGGUAGCCAAUGGUGGCACCUUUCACAUGAGUAACCACAAUUCUUCCCAAACCUCUUCGCUGGUGCACAAGCUAAUGAACGAAUUUGCUGUUCAUCAGCUAGAUCACAUCAGGUUGGUCAAAUUUUGUGUUUUUGUUUCUUACUUUUCCCUCUUCUUCCUUGGGUGCAGUGUGCUGUCCCAGUUCUUGACAAACCGAGCUGUUGCAAGGCCACGCAUGAACGUUGGAAGGCAAGCUUUCUCUGGAAUCCUCCAGGCGGCGAUUGGCCAGAAACUUCCACCCGAAUUCGAUGCGUUUGGAAGCCCCGAGAGAGUUCUUUUGGCAUCUUUUGUCAUGUCCCCUAUGGCACCUUCGCUUGCUGAGGCGAUUCUUCCCCAGCUGGAAAACGAGGCUUCAAAGGCGGUAAAACACGCCAUCUCUCUCGAUCAAGAUCUAAACCCUGCUCUUUGUCUUUCUUUGUGCAUGUACAUAGAUCGUGGCAGGAAUGCUGAGAGCUCUGACGAGUGA